UUAUAGUCCAUAAACUAAGCCGGCGGUGAGACUUGUGUUCUUGAAGAGCGAGGUUGGCCCAGUUGGCGGGAGCCCAGUGCAACGGCUCCGCUCUCCACUAGAUGGCGCUGCUAGCCUCCUGGGGUGGAGUGUUACGGCGCUCGAAGGUGCGUCUGCGCCUGCGCGGGAGCGGUCAAAAUGGCGUCACCAGCUACCCAGUCUGUUCUCCCGGAUCAGCAAUGGCGCACCCGUCCUCCGUCUUCAGCUCUCCUCCGCUCCCCGCUUUUCCACACUCCGUGACCAGGCCCCAGGCCGUACCUCGCUCCCGAGUUUUGCCUCAGACGCGGCUGUUUUCCCCGGCCCCUUACUCCCGAAGGACUGCGGCCCUGACCCGCUCCGCCCCUCCGCGGGAGGGUCUCACUGGGCAACGGCCGAAUGUCGGCUGCAGCCAGGAACGCCCGCUGGACCCUGCUGCUGCCGGUGCCCCGAGACUGCGGCCCGAGGCCAGCCCGCCCCAGAAAACGUUGGCGAGACAGUCCAGCAGCAGCGUUUCGGGGAUGGUGGAAAAUGGCAACACCCGUCUGGCCCCAGGCUUCACCCUCCACGACCUUGUUCCAGCACCGGCGAACCUGGCCGCCUUCCGGGGUCUGCCGGGACCAGGUGGCUUCAACAGCCUCCACCAAAUGUCCUUCCGGCAGCGGAGCCGCCUUUCCCCUGUGGCCCGAGCACCUCCCGGACCCCGUUCUGUUCCUGGGGAUUCGCCCUUCCCACCAGAGCCCUGCCAGCUUCUUCCCCGGAAGAGUCGGGCGUCCUGUUCCUUGGUUUCCCAUUCGCCCUCCCACGUGCACCGUCCUCACCUAAGAAGUGCGAGAAGUGACUGUCGGGCUCGUGUGUGAGUCUUUCUGGGAAGUCUGUCCUUCCCCCUUCUUCCCCUUCCUUGCUCCCCUCCUUCCUUUCAUCCUGCUCUCUCUCCACCACUCGCUUCUGCCUUCUCUUCUCACUGUCUCUUCUGUCUCUUCCCCAAAUACCCAUGAAACUUCCACUGUGACAGUCGCUGCAAAAAUAAAGGGACUCCUGCCCUUAUUCAAGUUCAUACUCUAGACAGACAUCCAUCAAGCCAUUAAACAAAGAAAUGCAGGAGUGCGAAUGGCGUGGGGAGAGCUUCGUGGGGCUACCGGAGUGUGUAACAGCGGAUUUACCUGGGAGGAGAGGUCCGCGAGGCUUGGCUUCGGCUCGGGAUCUGAAGGAUGAAGGAGAGUCGGCCGUGAAGGUCAUCCCAGAGGGAAGGAAGGGUGUGGAGCCCCGGCGGGGGUGGCGCAUGGGGAUGAGGGUUGAAAGAAGGCCACGUGUGGUGGGGAUGGGGUGAUGCUGAGGUCAGAGAGGGGCCAUGCUGUGUAGGUUUGAGUUUGGUCUCUACCCAGAGGGUGAUGAGAAGCAGGAGAGGAUAAGCCCAUUUUGUGUUCUAGAAAGAUCCUCUAGCUGCAGCCCGAAGAGAAUACAAAGAGAGGAGGAGAGACUGUUCUAGAAACAUCAUAAUAGCACAGGUAAGAGUUGGUGCUGGAGGAGAAGAGGUGACCAAUUCAAGAGCUAUUUAGGAAGUAAAAUCCAGAACCCAGUGCAAGGUGCAAAAUCAGGGGCAGGGGCGAGGGGUUUCAAGGAUGCAAAGCCGUGGCGGCUGGCUGCCCACCAGAUUCAUGUUCUCCCUUCUCUAGUGAGCAGCGAUGUCCGGAGCAUCUGGCCUGCCAGGCCCGACCGCGAGUCUCAGCACACAGCCUAACCGGCUGAGCUGAGUGACUGAUUCUCCCCGGUGGGACGCGAACACAGUGAUGGGUCAAAGCUUGCGAGAAGCAGGGGGACCUCACCCGUCUAGGAUUGUGAUGCAUACGGCACGGAGGACGCACUAGACGCAAGGAGGCUGGGCGUGACCCGGGAGGAAACUCCAUGUAUGAGAACCCCCUUGUGGGAGGGCGGGCUAAGCAGACUUAGGAGCGGGUGUCACAGAAGGAAUGUGAUUUGGUAGCUCACCUAAGAUCACAUCCCUCGGGAGGGCCCCGAGGCCACGCCAGCCACCGAGGCCAUCGGUGGCCGGCUGAGAGGCCACCAGGCUCCCUAGGCAUGCAGCGGUGGGGACUUUGUGCGCCGGCACUGACAGCAGGAGGAGCUGUCAGGGAGCUGGGUCGAGGGGCCCCGGCAAGAACCGUGACAGCAGGAAUCAGGGCUGGCCACAGCUCGGCCCGGACCCUCGGCCCCACCACUCGGAUUGGCUUGCGAUCUCUUCACCUGUCCUCCCGCCUGGCUGCUGGGCCUUCCCGGGGUGCCCUUCCCGUGGAUUGCUCCCCCGCAGGGAACACCGUCCUGUGUUCAUCCAACGUCAGGAACCGCACCUUCACUUUGGCCCAGGGUUCUGGCUGUCUACGGCCAAGUGUAGGUCUGGACGCUGUUACCCUCUCGUGGCCGGAAGCUGGUGUGCCCGCACUGAUUCUAACGGCCAGGAUUUUGGUCUGGGUGAAACGUAGGCACCCAGUUAAGUUUAAAUGUCAGACCGACCGACAGUGAGUAAUUUUCAGCCCGUCCCCCAAGAGAUGCCCCGUACUUCUGUUUGUGCUCUGGCAACCCGGGAUGGGGGUGAGCACGGGGGCCGCCCCGCAUGGGCGCCUGCUCUCUCUGCCUCUUCCACGUGGGAGGCUUUUCUACAGCAAAUCAGACUCCUGUGAGACAUUACUUCUUACACUCGAGCAUUCUGUGCCCUAACAUCAGAGAAGCUUGGGAACACUUGGAAAACUUGGGGAAGGGGAAGCGGGAGAAAGGCUGGGCACCAGAAUCGGAGUGGAACGCCCAUGACCCCUUGUUUAGCCCUUGUGGUUCACAGGCAGGCUGACGGUCAGAGAGGGAUUUUCAAAACGUCGCCUGCUAGCAGUGCCCCUCUUGGGCAUCGGUGCCUAUGACCAGAGACUGUGUAGGAAACGUCAGCAAAUAAAUGAAAUUUAAACAUUGGUUGUAAAGUAAUGGAAAUUUUAGCUUUGAUGCUGUGAUGACUUCUGCAAUUAGGAAAAUUGCUACGGGCAUGUACUUAAUGUGAAUGUUGUGAUUCCUUACAAAUUUGAUGAAUUAAAAAUGGUUUUUAAUUGGAAAAAUAAUUAUGGAAUGGGAAUACGACGCUUAUUAGUGAUAGGUCCCUAUGAAAUGCAAUGUUAGUUACCACGAGGGGAUGGACGGUGGAAUGCAUCCCGCAGGCGAGGAUCGUGGCUGGCCACUUCACUUCUGGCUGCAGCGACUAGACUUCCAAGGGCCCAGUAGAAACGCUCGCUGUGAACUGAAGCAGCGUGUGUAUUUUUGAGCAGGUAUCAGUGGAAAGGGACACUGGGUCCCGUGCGAAGGGUCCCAGAGAGUCAACUAUUCUUGCAUUGAAGUUGGAAUGAAGACAUGUUUGUUCAUCAAAACAUUUAUGAUUCUCUGCUUUCAGAGAAUUUAUUUAUUUUUUUUAAUUUUUUUUUUCAACGUUUAUUUAUUUUUGGGACAGAGAGAGACAGAGCAUGAA